UACUAAAUGACCGACUUCUAUGCCGAUUUCUUCGUAGUGGGUAAGCGCCAUUACUUAAGAAGCAAGGAAGGGAAGGAAGCAAGGAAACCUAGUGCAUUUCGUUUGCUGGUUACCACGGCUGAACCCCGUCUCCACCUCUCUCUACCCUUCAGAAUGCCGGCCGCCUCUGCCGUGCUCUUCCUGCUGCUAUGCCACGUCGUCGUGGACCUCACCACCGCGCCUCCGAUGGAGUCUGCUUUGGAGUCUCUGACGGCAAAAGAAGAGCCCUCGACUCUGCCGGACUACGACGCGUACGGCAUCCCAGAGCAGCACAAGAAGCUCGCCGCAGUGAACGCCGGACACGGGGAUAGCGCCAACGCGAGCAGCCGGCACGCGACGCCUGCCGCCCCUGCAGUCGCGCAGUCCAGCAGGGUUGUCCUCGGCGGGGGCAGCGGCUCGGUGCGCACCGGCGCUGGUGGGGCCGGCGACGGCCAGUGGCGCGGGGCCGAGCUCCUCCGUCGAUUCCUGCAUUUCGUGCACCAAAAUCAGGUGGUCUUCUACAUCGCAUGUUCGUGCGUGGUGACUGGAAUGGUCGUGCUGUACAUACUGAUGGCCUGGUACGGCAGCUGCGGUUCGAGCACGAGCCGCACGGCGGACGACUCUUCUUCGCGCAGGCGACUUCUCUCGGAGUCGCACUCGCUACACGACCGGCAACCGCUGCUCGCCAACGGGCGCUCUCCACCCGGCGGGCCUGACAGCCCCGACGACGAGCUGUACUCGAGAGCGCGAUGGCGUCACUAUGGACGCACUCCGAGCCCGCUCAGCGGCGCCAUGUCUGAGAUUGGCGGUGGAUCCAAGGCGCUCAUUUCUUCACAUCCAGAGAGUAUCCCGCCCCUGUGUGCCGCAGCCAGUCGCAAGGCCUACUCGAUCUGUGCUUCCGGAAUACGCGGACCUGCGAAAGCAAUCAAAAAGGGCAAGCACUUCGUCAAGAUGCCUGCGUCAACCAUGUUCCCGACCCGCGUACUGGACCUGUGCAGCCAGGACGCACCGAUUACCUUCUCCGCGUUCCUGCCAAACCCGGAACGCAGCCGCUUCCGGUGGCUCGCGCAUGGCCGCCACAGCGAGGUGUUCCUGGUGUCGUCGCUCCUCAGGCGCACCGUACUCAAGGUGAUGCCCGUCGUGGGUCACUUCUCCCAGCAACGAGUGGAGGCCAUCACCGCGGCCAUCGAGUGCCACCUCAAGCUCAACAUUCUGAGGAACGGAACGCGUUACAGGGCGCCCAACUUCAUCGAAGUUCAAAGGGUCGCGUGCGUGUUCGACCACUUUCCAGAGUGUCUCUUGCGCAACGACCACGGGUCGACCGAGUCGCUGCCUGACAGCCUGGCCUCCGAGAUAGCGGGCACAAAUGACUGCUGCCUGACUCGACAUUUUGUCGUGUUUGAGCUGUGCUAUGCUGGGAAGCCGCUUUCACAGGUUACACUGCGCAGCGCGGUGCAAGGUCGCAGCCUGGUACGACAGGCGUCUUGCUGCUUGGCGGUCGCCGAGCGCGCGCUCAGUUUCCGGCACCUGGGCGUGGACGCGGACAAGCUGCUCGUGGCCACCACCGACUCGGCCAGCUUCGAAUAUCGUUUCGUGGGACGGGACCCCGUGUCGGUGGACAGCGCUGGACUCAAGGCGCACCUAGCCGGGUGCUUUUCGUGUACCCUCGAACCAGAGGACAAAGAGGAUGACGACUCCGAGUGUCCCGAAGACGCGUUCGGCAGCCCAUCCUCAGAUUGUAGCGGCCGCAUCCCGCCGCGCUUCUACGGCAACGUCAUGUGGCUGGGCGCCGUGGUGGACAGCAUGGUGCAGAAGCUGCGCUCCGAGGUGCCCGAGCACAGGGCGCGGAGCGAGCGCCCCGUCUUCGAGGAGUUGCUCGCCUGGCAGUCCAGGCUGCAGCAGUGCAACUCGGCCACGGAGUUCCUCACGCUGGCCUACCUCUGAUUGGAGCGCGUACGGCCGCGCGAUCGCACACUCGCGAAUCUUUACCGACAGCAUUAAACGCCUCGUCUUGUAUAGUUUGUCAAA